AUGAAAAUUAAUAAUUUAAAUAUUUGCGUUCAGGUAAAAUGCAUAUCAUUCUGCUCGUCCAAUUUUGUUGCUUCCAAACUGUCAGAACAAAACAAAUAUAAAAGAAUAAAUAUGGGAGAAAAAUUUUUAGAUGCUGAUGAAGAUGUGGAUGCGGAUACUCCAGAUAAUGCGUCUGUUGUUAACGAUGAUGAGUAUGAUAGUAAUAAAAAGGAAGAAAUAAAAUUAAAAAAUCUGAUUGGAAAUGUGUACAUUGGUAAAGUGUUAAACGUCGGAGGAAAUGUCGAUGAUAAUACAAUAAGAGGAAAAAAUAUUAUUGGAAUAUUUACACUCAAUAGUAAAAUUAAUAAGGAUAAAAUUAUGGUGCCAUAUCAUGAUAUUAUUGAAUACCCAUGUAAUGAUAUAAAUAAUGAUUAUUUAUUAUGUGCUGUAUUUCGCUCAUUUUAUGAAUCAUACAUAUGUUUAAGUUUUAUAAAAUGUUAUAACAAAUUAAAUUAUAUAGCCAUAUUUGUUGAUGAUAUUUUAAAAGUCCUUCCAUUUUUAAAAAUUUUACUGAUAGAAAAAUUCUAUAUAAUAUUAAUAUUUUUAUCAAGUAAAAAUGAUAUUCAAAAUAAAAUUAAGAAUAAAUUACACGAAUUUCACAUUACCGAUGAAUUUAUAAAAGAACGUAUUUUUAUAUUAAGUUCAGAUAUGAAUAUACCUGAACAUGUUCAUAAUAUAACAAGUAGACUUGGAGUAAAAACGAUUUUUGUUUAUCCAAAUAUAAAAAUUGAUAUUAAUAUUUUGAAGAAGAAUAUAUUUACAAUUAGUGCUUUAAACGCUCAUAUAAUAUUUACCACUUCAUUUGAUUAUUUAAGUCCUCAUGAAUGUAAGUUAUUAUAUGAAAAAGGUAUUACCAUACACUUUUUCAAUAUUAAUAACUAUAUAUAUUAUGAUUAUUUUAAAAUGGUAGAUGCUUUCAAUUAUGUUUUAUUGUCAAUUUUAAACAAAGAUAUUGAUGUACCCACAGUCUCUAUAAGCAAAAAAUAUUUUUCCCGUAUGGAGGAAAUACUUUCAUGUAAUCCCUACAGUGCUAGUUAUAGCAUUUACAUUAACAGAACUGUCGAUUUUCUUGUAGAUGGAGUGAUCCCUAAAUAA